CCGUAAGUUAAUUUGUGAUUUUGGCGCCCUAUGCGUUCAAUGUUUUUGACCUGGAAGGGAAAGAAAGAAACAGAAAGAAAGAGAAGGUGUUAUAUUUCUUCAAACGUAAAUACUGUCAGUAAAGCCUUGUAAGAAUGGAACCAUAUCCUAUGAUGAAAAUUUCAAGAGACAGUAAGGAAAACAAUGUUUCCAAAGAGAGAUGUCCUGGUGAUGGUAUGGAAGCAUAUACACUAAAUAAUCACAUACAGCAGCUGUCUACAUCCAAAUACAAACUUCCAAAGUCAACUUACAAAAAACAUGUAAAUUCUAAUCGAACUGUAGAUAAUUUAACAAUUGACACCAACAGGGUGAAUACAAAAGAGUCCUUCAUAGAAAAUACCUCCUUUCGAACCCCUGAAAAUACCUUAAGUACCAGUUGCAAUCAAAAUGAAGAAACUUUUAUGCGAACUCAUCAAGAUAUGCUUGUGACGAUUGAUAGUUUAAAAACACAGCUGAAGUUAUAUGAAGAUCAUAAUAAUCAACUAGUUGAAGAAAAGAUGAGGUUAUCUCAACAGCUAGGAGUUCAAACGCAGGUCAACAAUGAGAUUAAGAAACUUUUAGUAGCAUCCAUAGGUGAAGAUAUGCAGCAAAAAUACGAACGCCUAAUUCAAGAUAAAGCACAUUCUGAUUUGGAGCUGAAACACCUUCAUAAUGUUAUGCAAGAAGAUAGGGAAGAAGUUGAGCAAGCCAUGAUACAAGCAGAUGUGUGGAGAAGCAAAUUUCUUGCAAGCAGGGUAAUGGGUGAUGAACUAGCACGUUGGAAGUCAGCACUGUAUUAUAAAUAUCGCGAGUCACAUACUGCUCUGCAAAGCUUAUUAGAAGAACAUUCAAAAAUCAGAGCUUUGAACAAUGCAACAAGAAGAGGACUUAUAUCUGUAGCUGAAUUGUUAGGCUGCAAAGACCCCUCUCUCGAUUCUCAACAAUCGUUGACCACCAUCGAUGUUGCUUUCAUGAAUCACGAUUUAGCAGAAGCUUUAGUUGAAAUCAUUACAGAGGAUAAAGAGAAAACACCUGCUGAGUAUCAGCCUCAUAUGAUUGAGAUUAAACAUUCUGUAAUGGAGAAAGAGAAAGGGAAGACCAGCAUGAGGAAUAAUAUUAUAGUCGAGGCUGAUGAACUCACGCCAGCCGAACAGUUGGCUCAUGAGGUUGUCAUUAAUACAGGUAUACAAACCGAAGAACUCACUCGGAUGAGGCACGAUUAUCUAGCUCACAACCGGAUCAGUCAUUUUCUAUCCACCAACUAUCAUGUUACGUUUAAUUGCUGCGAACAAUGUAAGGGACCUGUCCAGAUUGUGUAGCUGAUGAAAUAUUUUUUUUUAGAACUAACUUAUUGAUAUAAAUUAGUCAGUAGUGUAAAAACAUAGGUUGGGCGACUGCUGUAUGGCUUUUAAAUGUAUUUGAUACGAACCGAUGUAACCUUUUGAAAUGCGCCGUUUCGUUAUUUUUUAUAUUUUUAAAGGUCAUUUAUAUUUUUGCAGUGUUUUUAACGUGGGAUUCUUUCACGAAGAAAAGAUUGUAAAAUGCGUUUCCUGUAAAAAACCUGUAUUUACAACGUAGAAUAUUUUUUUACGGUAAUAAUAUUUGUAUUGGAAUUCAGUCCUGUUUUUGUCAGUUUGUUUCUAUUUAUAGAUUGUAUAUUUACACGCAUUAAUGACGAUUCCAUGUGAAAUCGUUUUCUAGAAAUAGAAGAAAAAUAUUGUUUACU